GGAAGUCACCCUGUUGGCUGAUCUUGCGAUUGGCUACGGUCCGGUGACAAUCAGAGGGUGCCCGCGUGGGCGGCUGUCGCGCCGAACUGCUGCUUGCCUGCUCUUCUUCAGCAUUUGCUUCGCUAAGCCAUUGCUGGAACGGUAUCCCGCCAAGCCGGGGAAGGGUAGACUGCAGACGCGAUGUAUGGUUUUGUCAAUCACGCCCUGGAGCUGCUGGUGAUUCGGAAUUACGGCCCUGAAAUCUGGGAAGACAUCAAGAGAGAGGCACAACUGGAUGAGGAAGGGCAGUUUCUGGUCAGAAUUAUUUAUGAUGAUUCCAAAACAUAUGAUUUGGUUGCUGCAGCAAGUAAAGUCCUCAACCUUAAUGCUGGAGAAAUCCUUCAAAUGUUUGGGAAGAUGUUUUUUGUGUUUUGCCAAGAAUCUGGUUAUGACACCAUUUUACGUGUGUUGGGAUCAAAUGUUAGAGAGUUUUUACAAAAUCUUGAUGCUUUACAUGACCAUCUUGCUACAAUAUACCCAGGAAUGCGUGCUCCUUCCUUUAGAUGUACAGAUGCAGAAAAGGGGAAAGGCCUCAUUCUGCAUUACUAUUCAGAGAGGGAAGGGCUCCAAGAUAUUGUCAUUGGAAUCAUCAAAACAGUUGCUCAACAAAUUCAUGGCACAGAAAUAGAUAUGAAGGUUAUUCAACAAAGAAAUGAAGAGUGUGACCAUAUUCAGUUCUUAAUCGAAGAAAAAGAAUCUAAAGAAGAAGAUUUUUAUGAAGAUCUUGACAGAUUUGAAGAGAAUGGUACUCAAGAGUCUCGCAUCAGUCCAUACACAUUUUGCAAGGCCUUUCCUUUCCACAUUAUAUUUGACAGAGACCUAGUUGUCACUCAGUGUGGAAAUGCAAUAUAUAGAGUCCUUCCCCAGCUCCAGCCGGGGUAUUGUAAUCUAUUAUCAGUAUUUUCACUGGUUCGGCCUCAUAUUGAUAUUAGUUUCCAUGGAAUCCUCUCACAUAUCAACACAGUUUUCGUGCUAAGGAGUAAGGAAGGACUUUUGGAUGUGGAAAAAUUGGAAUGUGAAGACGAGCUGACUGGUACAGAAAUUAGCUGUUUACGCCUGAAAGGGCAAAUGAUCUACUUACCUGAAGCAGAUAGUAUUCUCUUUCUUUGUUCUCCAAGUGUGAUGAAUUUGGAUGAUUUAACUAGAAGAGGACUCUACUUAAGUGACAUUCCCCUGCAUGAUGCUACUCGUGAUUUGGUCCUUUUGGGAGAGCAAUUCCGAGAGGAGUACAAACUGACACAAGAACUGGAAAUAUUAACAGAUAGGCUCCAGCACACUUUAAGAGCUUUGGAAGAUGAAAAGAAGAAGACAGAUACAUUAUUGUAUUCUGUGCUUCCUCCGUCGGUGGCCAAUGAAUUGAGACACAAGCGUCCUGUACCAGCAAAACGUUAUGAUAAUGUGACUAUAUUAUUUAGUGGCAUUGUUGGUUUUAAUGCCUUCUGCAGUAAACAUGCCUCUGGAGAAGGAGCUAUGAAAAUUGUCAAUCUUUUAAACGAUCUUUAUACAAGAUUUGAUAUUUUGACUGAUUCACGAAAAAACCCAUUUGUUUAUAAGGUUGAGACAGUUGGAGACAAAUAUAUGACAGUAAGUGGCUUGCCAGAACCAUGCAUUCAUCAUGCACGUUCUAUCUGCCACUUAGCAUUGGAUAUGAUGGAAAUAGCUGGACAAGUUCAAGUCGAUGGAGAAUCUGUUCAGAUUACAAUAGGCAUUCACACUGGAGAAGUGGUCACAGGUGUAAUUGGCCAAAGGAUGCCUCGUUAUUGUCUUUUUGGGAACACUGUAAAUCUCACAAGUAGAACAGAAACAACAGGUGAAAAAGGAAAGAUCAAUGUCUCUGAAUAUACUUAUAGAUGUCUGAUGACUCCAGAAAACUCAGAUCCACAGUUCCAUCUAGAACACAGAGGUCCUAUUUCCAUGAAGGGUAAAAAAGAACCAAUGCAAGUUUGGUUUUUGUCCAGAAAGGGCACAGAGGAAGUAACACAUGAUGCUAAAUGAGCCAGGUGAAAAGCUGGAGAAGAACAGAGUGAACCCUGUCCUGCCAUUUAUCUAGCCUGGCAGUAUAAGAUAUGAUUGCAGUUGCUUCGAUUUUAUGUCCAACUCCACAAUAAGCAGCAAUUCUUACAUCAAGUUUCCUGCUUUUUCUGCUUUUUGUUCAGUUUGUAUUUGAUAUUAUAAUAUUUAUGCUGUAUAUAUGUUUCAAGAUCUUUUGUCUUCCUUCCUGAGUUAUGAACAUAAAUAAUCCAUGCAAAUGCCUACUAAUCAUAAAAUAAUAUUUCACACAUGUGCUUUUCAUCUCUAUAUUUUGUGACUAAUCAUCAUGAUAUUUAAGCUUGUGUAUGCAUUUUCUAUAUAGAAGAAAAAUGAAGGCAUUUAUGUUAGGUUUAUGGAAAUAAAUACCAAUUUCCACUUUAA